AUGGACGAAAUUAAAAUUGAUUAUAGAAAAAAUAAUUCUGUAACAAAAGAGGAAGCUUGCUUAAAAAUUAUUGAAGGCUCACCUCGAAAUCAACACCUUUUCCUCUCCGUAGGUGAAAUAUUUGUAGGAAGGAAAGAUUCUAAUGAUAUCGAUAUUGUUAUAAAAGACCAAGAAAUCGAUGAGAAGCAUGCAAAAAUUAAAAAUUACAAUGGAAAAGUUGAUAUCUCCUGCAUUGGUUCUAAAUCAAAAAUUUUUGUUAAUCGAAAGCAGCUCAAAUUUCGUACAAUAUAUACUUUACAAAAAAAUGACGAGAUUAAAAUAGGACGUAGUACUUUUCAAUUCCUCCCUGCUGGAGAAUUGAAGAAUUCUAUUGAUCCACUUUUACAAAUUUAUAACAAUGAUUACUUGUGGAAAAGCUUGAAAACUGGAUUUAGGAGUUACCAAAAUAUGAGUUUAUUGUUAUUGGCUUGUGAUUUAAAUUAUUUUAGAAAAAUCAAUAAAAACUAUGGCCAUGAAGCUGGAGACCACGUUUUAAUAGAAUUAUCAAAGUUAAUUCAAAAUAAAUAUGGAUAUAAAAAUAUUUUUGCUAGAUAUGGAAGAGAGAAAUUUGCCAUUCUUCUCAUUAAUACAAAUUUAGAGUCGGCCUAUGGAACUGCUAAGGAAAUUCGUUCUUUAAUUGAAACUACUCCAUUUAAUUUUAAAUACCUGUCGUCAAUUACGUUUAGUAUUGGUGUUUCUGGAGUUAAUUCUUUGACGAAAAAGCCUAAGGACUUAUUGAAUCAUGCCGAAGAAGCUUGUAAAAAGGCCAAAGAAUAUGGUCGUAAUCGAAUAAUAAUAUGGGAAAAUGAACAAAUUUCGAUCCCACAAACGGAAUUACAAUUAAAAUUCCAACUACCCAUUCUAUCUCAAAUCCCACCAUCACCACCAUUUCCACCAAAAGAGAAUAAGGUUUUGAAGAUAGAUAAAAAAUGGGAUACAAUUUUGGGUGAAAAAUUACCAUUAAUCGAACCCCAACAUUAUUUUAUGCUUAGUAAACUUAUUCCUCAACCAAAAUUUUCAUCUAAUAAAAUCUAUAGAAAUGUGGCAGCAGCUCUUCCAUAUAUUCGACAAAAAAUUAAAAUGUGGGGUGCUUAUAUUCUUUUAGCAGAAAACUUUGCGAAUUUAAAUAGAUUAUCUAGAUUUGAUUGCCUUGCUACUUUAUUUGCCUCUGCCGAUUCCACUGUUGUUCAAAAUAGUUUUCAAAUUAUAUCUCAAUUCCCAAUAGCAUUUCCUUUAUUGAUACCUGAUUUAAAUAACGCUGAGAAGUUUAAAGUAAUGCUUCCUUUAUAUACCGGACCAGCUAUCAAAUGGCGUAUAAGCGAUGGAUCAAUUAUAAAAAAUCAUCUUUUUGAAGAUUCUUAUAAAAUGAUUGUUGCAGUUCGGAUUGGAAUGAACCCUCAAGGCAAAAGCACCAUACUUAAUCAGUUGAUGGCUUCAAAAUAUAUGUUCACAUCAUCUUCUGAGCCAAGAGCCAAUUAUGGAAUUUCGCAUAUGAUCAAUGGAAGUAUUGAGUUUGUUUGGCUGACUGAAAAGACUUGUGGUCCCGAUCUAUGGAAUAAUGUUUUUAAAAGUUACUAUAAAGAAGGGAGAAAUGAGAUUGUAUUGCUUGCAAAUUUACAUGGUGAUGCAUUGGAUUAUCUAGAUCAAAUUGAAUUUUUAAAGCAAUUACCUUCUUGUUUCUUGGUUUUCUUAAUGCCUGGACAUAAUGAAGAUCAAAAGGUUGAGUUUAGGAACUUAAUUGGUUCAAAAAAGGUUAUAUACAUUCAUGUUAAUUCCGAGAGCAGUACAGAUAAUUACACAAUUGAUACAAAUUCUUUGACGAGUAAUGAAACAAUAAAAGAAGCUUGUAAAAUGUUUAAAGAUGUCUUAUAUUCCGGUCCCGUUUAUCCUGCAGAUCUUGGUAAAUUUUCAAUUAGUACUUUAGAAAUUGGGAAGACACUUCAAUUUUCUGAAAAAAUAGAGUGUGUUGAAUCUCAGGAAAUUAUAAAUUUUAUUAAGGAAAAAACUUGUCGUCAUGUUAAAUUAAAGAUUAUGCAACUUCAAAAAAAACAAGGUGGAUCUGAUUGUAUACAAUUUUGGGAACGUACACCAGAAUUGCGAGAAUUAAUGCAAUUAUUCAAUUCAAUUAUGGUUCUACCAAUUAGAAUAAGAAGAAGAGCUCUGGCGCAUCUUGAAAAAGAGAUAUCUAGGCUUUCUACAUUAGAAUCAUCUAAAUUUCGAAAUGAUGCUAUAUCAAAAAAGAAAGAAUUAACUAUUGCGAACAUUGAAGAAAUUGAUAAUACAAGCUUGAGAAUAGAACAUUUCAUUCGUGAAUUAGGACAAAUGUAUAAAAUAUUUAUUUCUGAUCCAAACAAAAUUACUUCUGAUAAUGGUCUAACUAAAGAAAAUAUUUCGAAAUUACCAGAAUAUUAUGCAGAGCUAUUAAUUAGUGGUCACACUAUAGAAUUGGUUGAUGGUGAUUCUGUAACUAUAUCUGAAGCAUGGUUCUUAGCCGUCUGUAAUUAUAUUAAUAGAAAAUUCCCCAAACUUAGGAUUUUUGUAAUCAGUAUACUUGGAUUACAAUCUUCUGGAAAGUCCACUCUUUUAAAUACACUUUUUGCAAGUAAAUUUGAUGUCUCUGCUGGACGCUGUACUAAGGGAAUUUUUAUGCAAUUCUUAUUUUUGGAGAAGGACUUAUCUAAUCAACUUGAUGUUGAUGCUUUUAUUUUGAUUGACACUGAAGGACUUGGUACAUCUGGAAAAAUGGGAGAACUAGAAACCAAACUAAAGGAUCAAAUAAUAGCAACUUUUGUAAUGCGAAUAAGCCAUUUGACGAUUAUUAGCAUACUUGGAGAGUCAGAGUUAAAUAAAAUCUUGAAGAUAACUAUUGGGACAAUGACACGUCUUGACAUGUUCCCUGACAUACUUAUGGUGCAACAUGUUGAAGAAAAAAAUAUGACAAAGUUAAUAGAUUUAGAACAUGAAUUUCAUGCAAUUCUUCAAGAAGUUUUAGAAACAGUUAAAAAAAAAGAUAGUAAGAUAAGAGCACGUAACUUUGAAUAUAUAAGUAAGGCAAAGGAUAAAAAGCUUCUCAAAUUAUUUGCGCCAUUUAAAGAUGGUAUAACUUCUUAUUCUUCACCAUCGAAGGAAUAUCAUGAUGAUGUUGUUGAUUUAUACAAUUCUAUUAUUGAACUCUGUAAUAAUUCACAAAAUAAAAAAAGAUUUUUUGAUUGGUUUUCACUAAUUAAAAGUUAUUGGGAAGCAGCAUCACGCGAAAGUUCUUCAAGCAUCUCUUUCGAAGAAAUUGAAGAAAUAUACGAUUUUAUUAAGUUCGGGAAUCAAAUUGCAAAUUUGAAAGGAUUUAUCGACAUGGCAUUUUUAAAACAUAAGGAAUUGAUCGAAAAUGAAAUUCGAUCAAUUGUUUAUGAAUGGCUUUCAAAUAAAGAUUCAAACGUAAAUUCAAUUAAUACAAAAUGUGAAGAAUUGAUUAAAAAGUUACACAACAUUCUAGAGCUUGAAAAUUUUGUAGAUUGUGAAGAGUGUAAAAAA